CGUAAAGCAGACUAAUUCUAGAGUAAGCUGGUGUUGUCGAUGAUCCCGGAAAGGGUGAGAAUUGCAAUUGCAUCUUCGGGCAGUACAUCCCCGGGACUAAACUGAAAAACUGCGCCAUUGUCGCUAGUACGACUUGUGGGUAUACAUUGAAGGUGCUGUCAGGCCAGGCUUCUGUGCAAGUAUUUUACACCGCCAACCACCGGCUUGAGAUUGCUCUUGUUCCCGCAAGAAAUGUUACUUGUCAGCUUGGACGUCGAGUUGGAUUUUUCAAGUUCGGUGCUGAGUUGUGGUCAUGGUGCUGGGAGGUGCUGCUCAGUAGUUGAUGAUUACCCAAUAUGGAAGCCAGCGGUGGCAACUGGUUGUAGAUGUUUGGCGUCUUCCUCUGCAGUACCGUCAUCUACAGUUGCCGUGUUUGAGAACAACUACAAUGAAACUUCAACCAACAUCAGGAAGCUGCCCCACAUAGUGACUUAUGGUGCCAAUAAUACAAAAGAAGUCUUGGCGCAAGGGUCUCAGAAAUCCACAUCUACAUCACAAGGUUCAAGGAAUAGUCACACCAACUCCUUAGGUGGGACAAAGAGACAAUCGUCGGGAUCUGGGAGUGGAGGUGGUGAUGAUCACAACGAGCGACAAGAGAGUAAACAAUUGCCAGCGGACAAAAUUGGUGAGGAAGAUGCCAAGCAGACGGAGAGUAAACAACAGCAGGAACGUCGAUUGAAAGGACAGUCCGAAAGACAAGAUUCUCGAUCAUCUCGAGGCAGAUUACAACCACCUAAUCAUCAACAACCAGCUGCCAAGCCAUCAGCAAAUGAUUUGAUACGUCAACGACGAUUGGCUCAUUUCGGUCAAGUUUUAUCUCCUACAGAAUGUAAAGAACAAACUACAUCAGCUCACGCCUCAGAGCCAGCUUCAUACUCUAAGCUAGAAACUUCACCAAAAUUAACCAAAGAUAAUUCUGCUACUUUGAAGAAGCAACCAGGAAGUCCUUUACAGGCUGAACCAUUAGAAAAUGGUAAAGCAGUUGUGACUCCAUCAUCGGUAGUGAAGAAACCAUCAUCUCAAUCAUCAAUGUUGACUCCAGACAAGAGCUCAGUACCAUUACCAACUUCGUCUACACCCGACUUUCAAGUGUUGAAUGAAUCUCAUAAGCUCAUGUUUGGUUCGAAGUCGAAGGUCAAGACCAAGUCAGAGAGUGAUGAUGGAUUAGAGAAGGAGGUGGAUGAGGAAGAGUUGUUAGUGGAGACGUUAUCUUAUCUGCUGGAUUACAAAGUGGUUGUGGUCAGUAAUCCAUCAAAACACAGUUCAUCUCAGCGCACUGUAUACACGUCAUUUGCUGGUAUUCCAAAAGAGUCAGAGGACAUGCAGAAAAAAUUGCAGACGAUAUUUAUGUCUUGCCUUGCAAGAGAGCAAGAUCCUUAUUGUUAUUGUAUAGCCUGUUACAAUAGAGCGAAAUUGAAAGCCUCAAAAUCAAAGACUAAAGCUGUUGUUGAUACUUCCAUGUGUGUCAUCCACUUGUCUGUUCAACAUUCACUGCAAGAACUUGUUCAGACGAGUGCAAUAAGUGAGAUACCAAUUGAGGAUGACCUCUUUUCUCUGUUUGCACAGCAUCUUCAGUCUAAGGGACCUGUGUCAACCCUGGUGUCUCGAAUUGGUGGUUUCCCGCCUGAUGACAUUUUUGUUUCUGAAGAAUUUUUGGAGGCAUUUAUCAACUUGGCUGUUCAGUCUCCUCUAGGACAAAAAGCGGUGGUUGAGUUGAUCUGCACUGCAUCUAAUAACAUCAGAACGAUACCCAAACUAGAUGAGAUGUUCUUUGAAUGCCGAGGUUAUUUUGCCGCCUUAGAGAAUCUCCUUGCAAGGCCUUUAGUGCUGUCCAUCAUUGGAGACGUGCUGGGGAGAGAAAUCAAGGAUGCUGAUAAGGGGGUGUACUUUGAAAAGAGUAGUGUAUGGGCUAAUCUUUUGGGUGCUUCGUCACUUGUUGAUGCAGUUAGUCCGAAGUUGCCGAGUGCUGCAGAUUGUGUCUUGUCGUUACGGAACUUCCCUAAAUCGACUGUUGCAGACAUGAACACUAUGCAGGAUCAUGUUCGAAAAGGCUUGAGAAAGUGUCGAGAUAUAGUUCAUGCUACAUUACUGAAAUUACUGAAAACACCGAUGAAAGAAAGUGUCAUUGCAUGGAUUGCUGCAAUGGUUUCUCUGAACGAAAGCAGAGCUGGACCACGCUUUAAACGUGACCAACUAGUUGCAGAAAAGCCUUACGCAAAUGACAGUGUGAUUAUCAAUUUCUGUGGUGUGAUGCUGAAGUUUUGCCAGCCGUUUUUUUCAUCUCGUGCGUGUCCAAAACUAGCCAAGAUUAGCUCUGUGUACUGCAAGUCGCACUCGUGUCGACUUGAUUUGGAGAACGAAUCGUGCAUGGCAAUGGGAUGCGUUCAAGCUUUGGAUCGAGAGCAACGAAAGGAUCACAUGAGGUUUUUUGUGAAAGGAGAGAGCUCGAAUUUUCUUACCGAGUGCUUCUUCAUAACACAACGAGCGUUACACGUUGGUUUGAUAUCCGCAAUAUCUAACUUUGAGAGCAGGCUGAGUGACAUGUUAAAAUCUAAGGAAGCUGCUCUUGGUUACUCAAGUGAGGAAUGGGACAAACGUAUCGUCUUGUUUGUUGUCAGCUGGGGAACGACUGUCUUUGAUCCUGAGUUUGUGCAAAUGUGCAGUGACUUCUAUGUUACGCAGGCCGCGUGGCUGUUAAUGAAGCUCGAUGAAUGCAAGAAGCCAGAGCUGAGUGAAGAAGAAAUCCAGUCCGAAGAGCAAAGAGUGUUUUCGUUCAUUCCGGAGUAUUGUGUCAAAGACAUGGCUCAGUGGUUUCGUUUUCUCGUCCAACAUUGUUCAAGCGUGCUGAAAUCGUUGCCGAUUCAAAUCGGAACUUUAGUUGAAUGCUGUGUGACGCUACUGCAAAGACCAGAUCUACUACCAAGUGCAUUGUCGCAGAGUAGGAUUGUCCGAAUGUUGCUCUUGUUCGUUGAUAAUUCAUCACACAACAGAAGUGGAGCCGGUGCUGGAUUGCUUGGCCCAGCUGGCUGGGGCGGUGGUGGUGCUGAUGAUUUGUCUGCUGUUGUACAUACGUGCCCUAGUGUACAGGAGAGUCUCGGUCCAGCAUUGCUGCACACGUAUGCUGCUGUUGAUGUUGUUGAAGGGCUCGACGUCGACAAAGAAGAUUUUGAUAAAUAUGGUUCAAGAUAUGAGAUAACUCGUUUGAUUCAAAACCUGUGGCAAAGACGCGACUGUAGAGCAUCGAUUCUGGCACAGUCAUCAACUGAAAGGUUUAAGGCGUUUGUUAGUGCUAUUCUUGAUACUCUUUUGUAUCAAUUGAACGACAGUCUGUCGAGGCUGAUGAACGUUAAACGAUGGCAACUUGCAAUGGACGACGAAAAGACUUGGAAGGCAUUACCAGUUAGCGAGCGCGAGAGGAAAAAGACUUUCAUGAAGGGAGAAGAACAAGUGGCAAAAUCAUUCAUGAGACUCGCGACGUCAACUCUCGGUCUGUUAGACUUGGUUUCCCAGUCUGACAGAGUCUGCUUGUGCUUCUCACGUCCACCUUUGUCAAUACGAGCAGCCGCAGCGGUCAUCAACUUUAUAGAGGCACUCUGUGGUAGUCAGUAUUCUAACCUCAAAGUGAAAGACAUGAGCAAAUACAAUUUUGAUCCGAAAUCUUUGUUGUUGACAAUCACUACUGUUGUAGUGCGGUUAGCAAAACAGAGUCCUGCGUGUGUACCGUCGUCUCGCGAUUGUCUUGACUUUGCUCAAGCCAUGGCUGCUCAUCCAGACUACUCGCAACCGGCCAUGGCUAAUGCAUCGUCAAUCCUCAAAAGAGCUGGAUUGGGAUCCGACGAGCAUCGUGUGGAGUUUCUCAGAUUUUGUGAUCGAGUGAAUGCUAUUUUACGUCUUAUUGAAGAAAGAGAAGACAGGGGAGUGGCCAUGGAUGAUGAUACUUCGUGGCAGCACGAGGUCGAGGCCACUGAUGUUAGUCUUAAGGAUAUGGAGAUUGUGUAUGUGGCAGCACUGGAAGCUGCAAAAUACGAUACACAUUGUUUACAGGAGUGUCAUGCAUUUGAGUCUCAUCUCGCUUCACAGUCAUUGGAUCCAAGAUCACCAAAACUUCGAGCUUUGAUGCGCGAAGCUAUCCAGUUGUCAGACAAUCUUCCGGUUCAUCAAAGUUCAUCCAUAUUUGUUCGUCAGGAUGAAGAUCGUAUGGAUAUCGUGCGUGCAUUGAUAACCGGCCCAGCUGGAACUCCGUACAGUCUCGGUUGCUUUGCGUUUGACAUCUACUUUCCAGCAAACUAUCCAGUCGUUCCACCGCUUGUCAAACUGAUCACAACAGGCAAUGGAACUGUUAGGUUCAACCCAAAUCUUUAUGCUGAUGGAAAAGUGUGUUUGAGUCUUCUUGGUACUUGGCAUGGUGGAGAUGCCAGUGAAAAGUGGGACCCUCAGAAGUCAAGUUUGCUUCAAGUCUUAGUGUCGAUCCAGGGCAUGAUUCUUAUUCCAGACCCGAUGUAUAAUGAACCAGGAUAUGAAGGAAUGAGGAAUACACCAGAAGGGAACGAGCGUUGUAGGCAAUACAAUGAGGGAAUUCAGCUGUCGACAGUGAGACAUGCUAUGCUGGAUCAGUUACGGAAUCCUAUUGAAGGAUUUGGCGACAUCAUUCAAGUACAUUUCUCCAUUCAACGAGAUCUGAUUGUCCGUCAGUGUGCUCAAUGGCUACGAGAGUGUCAGACGCCUGAACAGGAGAGACGUCUUCGAAGAUCUGUAGACGAUCUUCGCCGGGAACUGCAGAAACUGUAGUAGGAAACGUUUUGAUAUCCGGGAGGGCGUCAUUGCGUAUAGCGCAUGCGUGCUGAGGCAAUCGCUGCUUUUUAGAAUCCGUUUGAAUCGCUUGGUUUUGCUUGGUUUUGAGGAAAAUGGCUGAUGAUGAUGCA